GAACACGGGAGGCUCCUAAUCUGCAUAUCAUCUGGUAACCUUGAAGCCAGGCUCCUCGCCCAAAUGUCUAUUUCACUUUACAUGCAUUGCAUCUGGGAUGCAACCCGUCGUCCUAUAAUAGAACUUCCUCACCUUUGACAGCCACGCCUAUUCUAUAAAUGGAUAUUCCCAAUCUUUUUACUCUCUAUUUAAUCUUGAUCUUCCCAAGAAGGAAGAAGAGAAAGUCUUUCAUGCCUAAUAUGGAAGAUUUUGCAGGCAUGGCGGGAUUUGCCAAUUUCCAUUGAGAGAGAGACAGUGCAUAAGAGAGAGAAUUAGGGCAUUGAGAGAGAGAGAGAGAGAGAAGUAGGGCAUUGAGAGUUCAGAGUUCAGAGUUCAAAGAGAGAGAGAGAGGGCGGGCUGGUUUGUAUUUCUAAAAAUGGAGGAAGAUGACCUGAGAAAGGGACCGAGAUGGAGAAAGCGCCCCUAUGUGCGUUACAAUAUUUCAUCUGCUCCACCUCAGUCCGCUUCCGUGCCUCCAGCACCAUCUGCUUCUCGUUACAGUUUUUCAUCUGUUCCACCUCAGUCCGCUUCCAUGCCUCCAGCACCAUCUGCUUCUCGAAACAAUCAAUGGAGGUCUCCCACCUUUCAACCUGCUUUCGAAGAAUCUGCAACUGCAAAACAAUUUAGGAUAAAUCGUGAUUAUUUCCAUUUUCUAUUUAAACAGUUAGAUGAGUUCCUCGUUUCCCGUGAAAGGUUUCUGUCAACGAAGGAGGAAGAUAUUUCAAGAAGGGAACGUGCUGUUUGGGAAUGGGAACAGUUUAUGGAUUCCUUCAUGACUGAGCUCGAAGAGCAGAAGCGGGAAGCUUCAUUUUAUAAAGAGAAGUAUUUUUCAUUGAUAAAUCAAUUGGAUGGGAAGCUGUCUGAUGGAAAGGAUGCUUUUCAUGAGUCUGAUCUUGUUGCCAAUAAAAGUCAGACUAUGAAGAAAUCAUUGCAGAUGAACUCUAUCUUUCCUGAGAUGGAAUCAGAUGUCUUGGCCCAAGAUUCUCUUAACCAUAAUGGUGCUUCAGUGAAAGCUAGUAAAAAACCUGUUAGGCAAUUGAAUGCAGUUCUUGCACUUCAGGCAUCAUCUGCUGAUGCUCACACUUCCAAAAUUUGUAAGAACGGCCCUGUUAAGAGAAAGAAGCAUUUAGGUUCUCGAUUAUCAAAAGGAAGUCAGAGUGGCACAGUUGCUGUGGGAAGUAUUGAUGAUUUCCAUGAAGGUCCAAAUUAUAGUCUUCCAAAAGAUGUAAUUAUAGGAUGUUCAGGCACUGUUGAUACCUGCAUUCCAAACGCUGGUAGCUUUAGUGAUAUUGACAAUGAAAUAGCUAAUGCAUUUUGUUUUAAAGAGGCACGUCAGCCACCUCUACCUGAAGCUUCCUCUACUUCUUCCAAAGAGAAAGAAAUGGAUGUUAUGGCAAGUAAUCAACUGCCAAACCCUUCUUUGCCCCGCUUGAAAUUCAAAAUCAAGGCUGAGAACAUUGAAUACAGUCAAACUAGUCCUUCAAAGAGUCAGGUGGCAAAUGUGCAAGCAGUGGAUAAGAUGAAGAGGGAAAAUGAGACUGAUGGCUCUUUGAGCGCCAAUAUGCCAGCAGUGAAUAUGAUAGAUGGAAAAAUUAAUGGUGAUUCUGAUAUAGAUGAGUUAGAUCAUGUUCCAUUGCUGGACAGGAUUAAAAUCUCAUUGUCAAGUGAGCUUUCUGCGAUGGAUGAUAUUAGUAACACUGCAUGCUUAGAAGCAAAUCAGCCAUGUGACAAGAAAUCUGAUUAUUUUGACUCUGUUGAUUCCCUUAACGACAAAGUUAGCCACAUCCCCUUGAAAAGGAAAAGGAGAAAAACUGUGACAUGCUCUGUUGAAGUUGCACUUGAGGAAGAUGCUCCUGGUUUACUGCAGGCUUUAGUCGAAAAAGGACUAAAAAUUGAUGAACUGAAGCUUUUUGGGCAUACUGAGAAUGAAGAUGCCAUAAAGCUGACUACUGAUGUGGAGAAUUUUAGAGAUCAUGAAAAUGUAAUUUCUAAUGUAUUUUCUCGCCGCUCCAUUUUGAAACUACCUCGGCUACUACGUCCUACAAAGGGAGCCAAAACCACCUAUUGCUUGGGUUGCCUCAUGUCACUGAUUGAGCAGACUAGACAUCUGCAUUUUCGUAAUUGGCCUGCUGAAUGGGGAUGGUGUCGGGAACUUCAAUCCUUUAUAUUUGUCUUUGAAAGGCACAACAGGAUCGUUUUGGAACGUCCAGAAUAUGGGUAUGCAACGUACUUCUUUGAGCUUGUUCCGUCUCUACCUAUUCAGUGGCAAGUUCGCCGGCUGAUUGUUGGGAUGAAGCUUAAUAACUAUAGCCGAACAUCAUUAAUUGAAAACAAAUCACUGCAUGUUGGAGAAGAUUUGUCAGAGGCUGAGGCUCAUGUGCUGGAAGAAUAUGGUUGGGUUCCAAACACUGGAUUGGGCUCAUUGCUCAAUUACUGCGCCAGGGUUGUACAUGAUAAAAAAAGUGAGGAGGACAGCUCAGAGUGGAAGUUCAAAAUUGGGAGGCUGCUAAUGUUUGGAUAUGAAGAUAGUGGUGACGUGUUACUAACUGAUCUCUCUAAGAAAGUUUCUGACCAUCUUGAGGGUUCGAGCAUUCUGGUGAAGGUUGAGCAGUGAUUCUGUUCCUGGAUAUCAGGCAAUGGCGAUCAUUUGCAUACCUUAUUUAUGGCUAUAAUCUCGUUAUUAAACUGUUGGUAAAAUAAUGUAAUCCAAUAGCAUGGAUUACUUUUACGAUUGGGUUGUGUAAUUCAAACCUUGUGGGUACUUCUGCGUCAUUAUACUUUAUAAACAUACUACAUUGUUUUGUGACUGAUUUCUUUUUGAUGUUUUGUGAAUUCCUAUGGGUGCUUGGGGGCAACAACAAUUACAGAACUUGGUGAUUUAUGCCAGUGCCUUGGCCCGAGCGUGGUCAAUAGUUUUUCAUGUU